AGGUGUCGUCACUCGUCAAUAAUUUCAAAGUAUCAUUUUUAAUUUGCAAUCUCGCCGCAGGAUACGCCUCUAUAACCUAAAACUGUAAUAACUGAUCUUCUACAAUUAAUAAAGUGUAGGAAUAAUAAAAAUACUAAUUACGUCGCCAGUUUUUGAAUGGAGAGACUUGAUGGUGAAACCGAAAUGCCAGCACAAGACAACACAAAUUCUGAGCAGUCUCGCCUCAUCGGCUCCAACAUGCCCAGCAGGGUUAGCUACAUGAAUCUCAUAAGCAACUUGAGUGCAGUAGUGCUCGUGGCGGUCAUCAUCUACUGCUGUAUCGCCAAAGGGGAGACAGUCUUGUUUGCUCUCCAUCCGAUUUUGAUGGCUCUCGGGUGGACAGUCUUCAUGACAUCUGCUGUGAACGCAAUUACACCUGGAGAUCUGGCUACAGAGUGGAUGCCCAUUCGUCUGCGUAGCGCUCGCCACUGGGUAUUGCAGGUUGGAGCCGGGAUGCUGAUCUUAAUCGCAUUCCUUUGUAUACUUUCAAAUAAAAUUAUUCAUGACAAGCCCCACUUUCAGACCUUGCAUUCUAAAUUUGGAUUAACUGCCUUCAUUUUCGUGUUGGUGACCAUGAGUGGAGGUCUUGGAGCCCUGUACAGUCUCAAGUUGAAACAUUACCUGGCCCCUAUUUAUACCAAACUCUUGCAUGCCUCUUUCGGGCUCCUAACUAUUGUGCUUGGCAGCGUGGCAAUAAUACUCGGCUUUUUCUCCAACUGGUGGACGUCUGGAGAAAUAUUGCGGUAUACCAACUUGACGUUAAUAUUGAUUGUCAUGCUCUUCACAGUAUUGCGCCCAUGCUUAAAAGUAUAUUUCCGUUUAAUGGAAAGAAUUGAAAACGGGAAUUAAUUUAUACUUGAAGUCUA